AUGGACAGCUUUAUCAACUACUUCGCAGAAGGCUGUCUUCGGCAAAUAGUAUGUUUUGAUCAUGCUUUGAACAUUGUUGGUGGUUACCGUUUUUCAAAACACGAAUACAAAAUCGUCUUUGAACCUAACACCAUUGUGGAUGAUGUUGUUGAUUUGGAUAUUCCUAACCAUGUGUUUGAAUUCACUCCUUUUACUGAAAUAUCAAAUUUCAUUGCGAAUUUUGAUUUCUGUUUUGAUGUUAUUGGACAUGUUAUUGGUGUUAGUGAGACGAUCAUUGAUGGGGAUAAGAAGAGGAUAUCUGUGGAGCUGGAGGAUAAAAGAUUGGAGGAUAUUGAGGAUGAAGAUGCAAGUGUCCAGCGGAUUUCUAUACUUUCUAAAAUAUCUGGAUACAAUACUUAUGAAGACUUUGUGAAGGAUGCAUCAAUGUUAACUCUAUCUGAGAUAAAGGAGUUAGAGGAGUGCUACUUAGGAUGUAGAGACUGCAACAAGAAGGUCACAGAAAUAGGUAAAGACACUGAUACCAGGUUGGUAGGAUUGCCUAAAAGUAAUCAACGUGGGAAGGGGAAAAAGGUCACCAGUGAAAUCAAUGGUGAAGGUAUCAAAAAGUUGCUAUGCAGCAAACAUGGUCCUGUUUCUGCUGUUACUCAAAAGUUCAAGAUACAGGCAAUUGUUGUUGAUGGAUCAGGCAGUGGUAUAGUAACCUUAUGGGACGGAAAAGUUUACAAUUUAAUUAACAAGAAUGCAUCUGAACUCCUUGAAGAGGAAAUAGAUGCAAAAACUAGUAUUGAAUUUGGGCUCAGUAUGACCCAAACAAAUGAUAGUACUGCAAAGACUGCUAUAUCAUGUACUGGUGAUGUUAAUAUCCAGAAUGCUGAUGUUGGAACUCCUUUCGAAGAUACUGCUGAUAGUCCCCCACCAAAGAAGUCUAAAUCUACUCAGGACCCUGAGAGUGUCAAAUCCCCCCAGAAUAAAUGUGUCAGGAAAAUCUGA